AUGGACAUGGAGAAGCCAGAACUUCAGUGUGUCCCAAUAUGGGUACAAUUGAAGCUAAACUUUAAAUAUUGGGGGGAGAGGGCUCUGUUUAAGAUUGUAGCACAAAUAGGGAGGCCAAUUAAAAGGGAUCAAGCUACAACAUGUAGAGAUAAGUUGCAGUUUGCUAGGGUAAUGAUUGAUGUCCCACUGACUCAAGAGUUGCCUGAACAUGUUUCAUUUAGAGAUGAGAAUGGAACAAUGGUAAGAGUUCUUGUUUUCUAUGAAUGGAAGCCAACACAGUGUACUAAGUGCAAGAUGAUGGGGCAUUUGCAAGGUGACUGUAGGCAAGGUAGGAAAAGAGUUUGGGUUAGGAAGGUCACUCAAUCUGUGGCAGCUUCAGUACCUAUCCAAACAGCACAUGUGACUAGUCCUAUUGUUGAUCAGGAAGGUUUCCAAAGAUCACUAAGGCCCAUAAGGGUGAGAGUUGAGUCAGAACAACCAGUUAGAACUUCUAAUGCUUUUCAGGUGUUGGAUGUUUCCUUGAUUGAGAAUGAUGUUCUGAUGGGAGAGCAAAAACAGGAUGAGGUCAGACAUUUCAUUCAGAAGUAUGCUGUGGGUUUAGUUGGGCUCCUAGAACAUAAGGUAAAGCUCUCAAACCUUGGGAGACUUUAUCAAAGAGUGUUUGCAAAUUGGUGUUUUACUAGCAACUCUAGCUUUCAUGAUGGAGGAAGAAUUGUGAUAGCUUGGAAAUCUGGUUGUUUUAAUGUGAAUAUAGUGGCUGCUUCUAGUCAGUUUGUGCAUCGCCAUGUUACUCCAGUUAGUGGCAUGCAUAGCUUUUACUGCACUUUUGUUUAUGCUUUUAAUAAUGCUAAUUUUAGACAGGAGUUGUGGAAGGAUUUAGGAUCCAUCGAUUCUGUGUGGUGA